AUGGAGGCUGAACUUGGCAAGACCCGAGAAAGAAGCUGUAGUCUGCCUGGAAUCGAUUUUAAUUAUGGACUGUACAUCCGAGGGACAGAUGGAGGGGUGCCUGCAGCUCUUGGACACUGGAAUGUGUUCAAGCAGCAGCCCACCUGCCCCACCGAGCUGACCCGGAAUUACAUUGCGAUGAACCGGGGAGCGGUGAAAGCCGGCCUGGUAACAACCCGGGAGAAUCUCCUCUACCGCCGGCUCAAUGACAUCCGCAUCAGCGACCAGGAGGACCGGCGCACGAGGAGGGAGCCACCUGCUCUGCCUCCAGACAUGACGUUCGGGGUCAUGCAACGGCCUUCGACCCCCUUCUUUGAUCUGCUGCAGCACCGGUAUCAGCAGCUGUGGGUGCAGGAACAGAAGGCCACCCAGACAGCCAUUAAGUUGGAGAAAAAGCACAAGGUGAUCCUCGGGAAGCUGUAUGAGACGCGGAGCUGUCAGCUGAGAAAGUACAAGCCACCAGUGAAGCUGGACACUCUCUGGCAUAUGCCUCACUUCCAGAAGGUGGGCCCCCAUCUGCACACGUUCCCCACGGAAGCUGACCGGGAGAGAGCGCUCAAGGCCCACCAGGAAGAGUGUGCUGUGCGCCAAGGCACCCUGCGAAUGGGCAACUACACCCACCCUUAGCCCCCUUCCGCAAGAAGCCUUCUUGAUGCAGUAGAAAAUUCCCUGAGGGACUCACCUUUCUUGCCCCAAUUCACGAAGGACACUCCCUCCCCGUGUUGUAAGACUUCUGCCUCUGCACAGACGGCAGAUCCGGGUCUUAGAUGAAUUACUUUGGGUAGAGCCCACCCUUUUACAGUCAACCAACACCAGUCUCAAACUUUGGCCCAACGUUUCUCAAGCCCUCGCCUGACAAGACAAAGCCAAUGACGGGGCAGGUUUUUUUGGACACCGGCUAAAGGGUUGGCUCCCCAGCUCCGCCCAAGCUGUGGAUCCAUCACAGCGAUAUGCUUUGAGAGCCCUGGUUUGAUAUUCCAAGCAUGAGUCUUGAUUGCUCUCCUGGGGAUGCCUGGCGUCUCACCAAGGCGGUAUUGCAUGUCUGGGACCCCCAACAGUGGAAAGAGGCAACAGUGGGUGACUCAGGCCUGCCCCCGCCUCCCUGGUGCUACAGUGAGCAGGUGACCUGGAGAGAAUACGUGGGCUGAAGAACUUCUCAGCCAGACUCCUGGGCAUCUCUUAACUCAA